UGAAAACCGACCAAACUCGGAUUGUGAUUUGUUCGUUGAAAAUAGAUAUUUCUCGAAGUACGUUGAUAUUAUACUUAAAACUUAAUCCAAAGUGUAGUGUGUUACCAAUUUUAUAUUUUGUGUACAAUUUAAUAAAAAAUGUCCCACACAAUUUUACUGGUACAACCGGGACCAAGGCCUGAGACGAGAACAUACUCGGACUAUGAGAGCGUCAACGACUGUAUGGAAGGCGUCUGUAAGAUCUAUGAAGAACAUUUGAAGAGAAGAAAUCCUAAUACGCCGACUAUAACGUAUGACAUAUCUCAGUUGUUUGACUUCGUCGAUCAGCUCGCAGAUCUCAGCUGUCUGGUUUAUCAAAAAUCAACGAACACAUACGCACCGUAUAACAAGGAUUGGAUAAAGGAAAAGAUAUAUGUACUUCUACGUCAAGCGGCCGGUCAGAGCGACUGAAUUGUAACAUAGUAAUUAUACAUUUGGUACCGUACUAAUUCUUGUAAAUAAAAACCUUUGAAAUGAUUGAGAGCACAUUGAAUAAAGAUUUUUCUUAAUUACCUUAUUUGUGGAAGGAGUGGUAGGUUUUGACAUGGUAAUGUACCAUCUGAAAUAGCAAUAAAUAUGUAUUAAUUAAAGUUAAGAUGGUGAUGAACACGUUGUCCCUUUAUGUCUGUCUUGUGAUGUUGGUAUCAAUUUCAGGAUCCACGGUUGUGGAACAUUUCUUAGUAAACAUGGUCCGUAUUCUAUAACACGCGAAUAAAGGAAAUAUUGAUAAAGGGCGAAAAGUCUGAAAGUAUGGUCAGCAAAAAAAAAUGUUUUUCUGAUUUCAUUUAUUUACAAUUAGGUCCUACUUUCUGUGAAUGAUAUUGAUUUAUUCAGUAUUGUGUAAUUUAUAUUGAGUACAAACUACUUUAUUUACGAGAAAUAAUAUUAACUGAUAUGUUAUCUAACAUUUUUCCUCUAACCGUAAAGGGUGAACGAGACGCGAAUAGUGUGUGAGUGAAUCACACACUACACAUUGCCAUAUCAAUCGCCAUUUAUUAAUAUUUUCUUUAUUGACGGACUAUAUCUAAAGUGAUUUUGCUUGUUUUAUUUUUAUAAUAUUAUCAAGGUUCGUUUCCCGCCUUAAUUUGCGUCAGUUAAGAAUACAAGUGACGUUCUAUCUUAUUCUCACAGAUAAUUAAAUUAAAUACUUAAUUAUGUUUUUUAAUGUGCUUUCUAGAAUAAUUUACUGAUUUUGACGAUAAAACUUAUAAAAUUAAAUUUCUAAUACAUUUAUAUUAUUAUAAUUUGUACAAUUCGCGAACAGAACAGUUUAACUUUUUUAACACUAAUGAAACUUUUUGACAGAAUUAAUUUUAAAAUAUUAAUAAUGUAAAUAUACUUAUUGAAGUUCGCUUUACUUAGCAUUGAUUUAAGUUCAGAGUGUUUGUAUUGCUGUAUUAUUUUUGUAAAGCGUAUCUGAGGUGUAUAUACACACAGUUGAAGAACUUUAUUAGUUAUAUAUACAAAUAUAUAUAAACUAACUAACUUUGAUGAUACAUCUUGUUUCAGAGAAGGUUUUAAGUACAUAUGUGUGCGGAUGAUCGAAAUCAUACUGUUCUUUAUUCAAGUAAGCUCAUAAAAGCUCUUUUGAACCGUCCUGUUACAUUGUUGAAUUAAAUAUAAAGCUACUACUGGUUCGGAAAGAAACUCAGUAGUUGCUCUCUUCCAGCUUUCUUUGAUCUUGCUUGUUUUAUAAAUUUUGUUAACUUUUGUACAAAUUAUAAUUAUAUACUUGUACUAAUAUAAAUAGAUACUUAUGAACACCUUUGUUAUGUUACAAAAAUUAUGUAAAAAUGUCUAAAAGAAUUUUAAUGUAUUGAAAUUAUUUUGGUUGAAAGCUUAUGUUCCUCAAACACAAUGAAUCUUUAACGUUAUUUUUUUCUGCCUCGUAAUUCAUAAACCUUUGUAUUUUUUUUUAUUUGUGCGUAAAUAUACGGAACCCAAGCUAUCAGUGUAACGACACGCUUCACGUGUGCACCUGUGUGUGUGAGAUCGUUUUGUAUUUAACCGCUUCUAAUUUGAGAAUAUCAAUGAUUAUUUUUCGUUGCGUUCGAAUAUGACCUUGGAAUUGUUCUCAAAUUGCGAUUAAAGUUUUCAUAAUCUAACCGAAUAUUGCUAUGAAGAGAAUCUUAUCUCAUUAUAUUCGGAGACAUUGUAAAUAUAAACUUAACGACGGCCUUCGGAAUGUUCUGAAGACGUCGCUUAGUAGAGUCGAUUUCAAUGGCAGGACGACUAUAGUGACCUUGAAUUGACAUGACGUCAUCUCGAUUAAUAAAGACACUCUUUUUAUUUAAUUAUGCUUAAUUCCAACCGCAAGGAUUAAUUUCUCUAUUAGCACAACCAUUAAACUAAUAAUUGAUUAAACGUGGUAUCGUGAACAUCGGCGUUUUGAACAUGAGCUGAGUCAUCAGAACUUUAUAAGGAUAUGAGUAUUUAAGAGAUCUAUUAUAAGUAAAUAGUUGAGUUAGAGAAUCGCAUGCAAUAUGUCAAUCAAAAGUUUGUUAACCUUUAGUCCUUCUGCCAUUGAAUUGCUAUUAAAGUCGACCAUAAAGCGAUGUUUAAAUAGACUUACGAAGUCGAAGCGUAUAAUCGAUCGAUCAACAGACGCGCCGCGUGUCUGUCCACUGUAUCGGGUUAGAGAAAUGUCCCAGAGAAAUAUCGUAAUCAACCUUUAUUUUAUAAAUAAAGUUUAUGCUGAAUUAUCGUUCAGAGCUACUUGGUGUAGCUGUUUUUUGUUUUAUUUAAGUACAGUAACGUAAGUGUGAAUUCGUUAAGCGAAGUUCAGUUUGUUAAUUUUAGUUGUAAGUUAUGAUUAAAGAUACAUUCUUGGAGUA